AUCCUCCUCCUCCUCUCCCCUACCCACCGCCCCCCAGUCGCCGGAGCUGCCGAGCUCUGCCCAUCUCCUCUCCCUCCUUGCAGCGGGGCAGCUCCGCCGGCUCGGGAGAAGGCAGCAGAGGGGCGAGGGGAGGCCUCGGUGGGGCGGGGGGGGGGGUGGGGGACGCCGCCGGCCGCUUCCCCGCCGCGGGGCCGGUGCCCGGGGGCGGCGGGGUGCUCGGAGCGCGGAGCGGAGCCCGGCGCCGCCUCCAUGUUCCAGCUGCCCAUCCUCAAUUUCAGCCCGCAGCAGGUGGCCGGGGUAUGCGAGACCCUGGAGGAGAGCGGGGACAUCGAGCGCCUGGGGCGCUUCCUCUGGUCCCUGCCCGUGGCCCCCGCGGCUUGCGAGGCUCUCAACAAGAACGAGUCGGUGCUGAGAGCCCGGGCCAUCGUGGCCUUCCACACGGGGAACUACCGGGAGCUCUACCACAUCCUGGAGAACCACAAGUUCACCAAGGAGUCCCACGCCAAGCUGCAAGCCCUCUGGCUGGAAGCUCACUACCAGGAGGCGGAGAAGCUGCGGGGGCGACCCCUGGGGCCGGUGGACAAGUACCGGGUGAGGAAGAAGUUCCCCCUGCCCCGCACCAUCUGGGACGGCGAGCAGAAGACGCAUUGCUUCAAGGAGCGGACGAGGCAUUUGCUGCGGGAGUGGUACCUGCAGGACCCUUACCCCAACCCCAGCAAAAAGCGGGAACUGGCUCAGGCCACGGGACUUACCCCCACGCAGGUGGGCAACUGGUUCAAAAACCGCAGGCAAAGGGACAGGGCGGCAGCCGCCAAGAACAGGCUACAGCAGCAGGUGCUAGCGCAGGGCUCGGGGCGCUCGCUGCAAGCGGAGGAGGAGAGCGGCGGGGAGGCGCUGGGGGCCCCCUCCAGCCCCGCCGCCAGCCUCUCCAGCAAGGCGGCCACCUCCGCCAUCUCCAUCACAUCCAGCGACAGUGAAUGUGACAUCUGACGCCGACAUCCACGACAAAGCCGGG